AUGCUUAACUCGGCUGGUUUUCCACUAAAGAAAUGGGCCUCAAACUCCUGUGAAGUACUUGCUGAGAUUCCUGAAGAAGAUAGAGCGAUGAAACCUGUCUUCGAUUUGCAGGAAGACCAAUCGGUUAGCACUCUUGGUCUGGUUUGGGAACCCAAAACCGAUAUUCUUCGUUUCAAGGUACAAUUGCCUUUGCCAGCAACUGUUCUGACAAAACGUAACGUGAUGUCAUAUAUCGCCCAAAUUUUUGACCCGUUAGGAUUGGUAGGACCCACCGUUAUGAAAGCCAAACUUUUUAUGCAGCGUUUAUGGUCAUUAAAGUCAAGCGACAAUAAACGUUACGAUUGGGACCAACCGCUUCCAACCAGACUGCAAGAAGAAUGGAGACAAUUCCACUCGACUAUCAGUUUACUCCGUCAGAUACAGGUUCCCCGCUUCAUUUCUCUGAAAGACGCAAGUAUUUUCGAGCUUCAUCUUUUUUCGGAUGCGUCAGAGAAAGCUUACGGAGCAUGCUGCUACAUCCGUGCGGUGUCUACGCGAGAAAUUUCCGUUCAAUUACUUGCCUCCAAAUGCAAGGUUACACCCCUUUCUACUCGUCAUUCCAUCGCAAGGCUGGAACUGUGUGCAGCACGAUUAUCCACACAACUCUACAAAAAGGUUUCUGCAUCACUGAAGAUUUCGCCAACAGGAACCUAUUUCUGGACAGACUCAACCACGGUUUUACAAUGGUUAAGUUCAUCUCCUAGUCGCUGGAAGACCUUUGUAGCAAACCGCGUGUCUCAGAUUCAACAAAUCGCACCAGUAAGCAACUGGAAGCACAUCGCCGGUGUUGAUAAUCCAGCUGACGACAUAUCUCGCGGCCUUAAUCCUCCUGAAAUAAUAAACCGUUUAAGAUGGUGGCAUGGAACGUCAUGGCUUUCACUACCACCGAACGAAUGGCCUGAAGGAGCGUUACCGAUAGAUGAAUCAUCAGAAACAACAAUAGAAAGCAAAGGAGUUCCGUUAGUAACGAUGUCUAUUACUCAAAGUAAUUUCAGCGAGUUGUUGUUCGGUCGAUUUUCUAACUACACGAAACUCCGUCGAACUACGGCUUAUUGUCUACGUUAUCUCCAAAAGCUGCGAGUCUACGCCAAUCACCGUCAAUCCAAUCUGGAGAACCACGUUCAUCCUACUCUGAAGCGAACUUCUGUAGAUUCUAAUCACACACUCAAUACCGAAGAACUGUUAGCAGCUGAUGUCACUCUGUGUCGCCUGGCUCAGCAAGAAGAUUUUCCAGAUGAAUACACAGAUUUGAAGGCUGGAAAAAAUGUUUCCAAGUCUAGCGCGAUGAAGUGGCUGCAGCCUUAUAUCGAUGUUAAUGGUGUUAUGCGUGUUGGAGGUCGAUUAAGGAACGCAGCCUGUUCCGAGUCAACAAAGCAUCCCAUCAUACUUCGAGGAAAACACCCUUUAAGUUUGCUUCUGGCAUCAUAUUAUCACCGACUGUUACUGCACGCUGGUCCGCUUCUUAUGCUUGCUACUCUUCGUCAGCGUUUCUGGAUUUUGGGAGGAAGAAAUUUGGUACGUCAAACAUACCACAAGUGCCAUACAUGUUUUCGCAGUAAACCGAUCUUGAUACAGCAGAGCAUUGCCGAUUUACCAUCCUCUCGUGUUACCCCCACGCGACCGUUUUCGAUAUGUGGCAUCGAUUACUGUGGGCCUUUUUAUAUUAAAUCAGCAAUUCGAAACCGUGGUCCAACGAAAGCGUACGUGGCCAUUUUUAUUUGUUUUUCAACAAGAGCGAUUCACAUUGAACUCGUAAGUGACCUGUCCACCGCUGCCUUUUUGGCUGCACUUCGUCGUCUAGUUGCUCGACGAGGAAAGGUUAUCGAACUCCACUCUGAUAACGCAACGGCCUUCAAGGGAGCAUCUCACCAACUGAAUCGGGUGUAUCGAAUGCUUAAAGUGGAAGAGAGCAACCGUUCUCAAAUUUUCAAUUGGUGUGCUAAUAACGAAAUACGAUGGAAAUUCAUCCCACCUCGCGCACCACAUUUCGGAGGAUUGUGGGAGGCCGCAGUCAAAUCUGCCAAAUCUCACCUACUAAAGGAAAUGGGCAACACUACCAUAACCUACGAGGAUUUUCUGACUUUGUUAGCACAAGUUGAAAUGUGCCUCAAUUCACGUCCAUUAACGCCACUACCGUCUGACUCGUCAGACUUAGAAGUUUUGACCCCAGGGCAUUUUUUGGUUGGGUCAAACCUUCAAGCUAUUCCAGAACCAUCCGUGAAGGAUGCCAAUGAAAACCAUCUCAGCCAUUGGGAUCAAACACAACGUCACUUACAGCGUAUCUGGGAUCGAUGGUACCCGGAAUACUUACAACAGCUUCAGUCUAGGGCGACCAAAGGCUGCAAUCCACCAGUCUCCAUAGAACCAGGGAAAAUCGUCAUCAUCAAGGAGGACAAUGUGCCACCUGCACAGUGGCCUCUCGGAAAAAUCCUCUCAGUUCAUCCUGGAGACGACGGAAUCGUCAGAGUCGUCACAAUAAGAACAGCUACUGCCUCGAACGUCGUGAGACCUGUUGCAAAAUUAGCAUUUCUCCCGAUGCCAUGUGAUCCUGCUCAUUCAUCAACAGAAAUUCAAAAUCAGUAG